ACUGCUGGCUGUGUGGUUGUUCAGCCGCGGCGGAGCCUCUUGUUGGCCUUGGCUUCGGCUUCGCGGGCCGCCUCGGAGAGGUGGGGGGGCUUCCUCUUGCCGAGCUGCUGGUCAUACUUCCACCUGUCCAGCAUCUGUCGCAUCCGUCGCUGCUCGUCCUCCUUCUCGGCCUUGCUCCACGCCCUGAGGCGCUCCUCCUCCUCGCGGGCCUUCUUGGCGGCGGCGUGCUCUCGGGCGGCCCUCAGCUCGUUGAGCCCCUUCCUCCCGCCGUUCUUGUAUGCCUCCUCCUCUUCGUCGCCCUGGAGGGACUCGUCGUCGGAGUCGGUGGAGAGGAUGAGUUCGUCGUUGUUCUGGGCAGACACACAUGCGGCACAGACAGACAGAAAGGGCAUCAUGUGUCUGUGCGGUGUGUCGUGUGUGUGUGCUCCCUCCCAUCCAUCCAUCCUCCCUCCUCCCCUGCAGAUCUAUCUGUGUCAGAUCUAUCUGUAUGCCCAGCAGACCUACCUCCCAGUGGUCGUCGUGGGCCUUCCGUGUGUUGGCCUCCUCGCCGCUCAUGGCUGCGACUUUCUUGCUGUCCAACACGUGGUUCUGCCCAGAUAGGUGGGGGGAAGCGGGCAGCCUGAUCGAUAGCCACCCUGAGGGAACAGAGUGGAGUGAUCCACUGUAGGAGCCGAGCCAAUAAGUGAUCCACUUACUGGCGCGCGGCAAUGGGUUUGACAUAGCGUAGCUGAACAUAUAGAGACAUCCGCAGUAUACAUACACGUCGCUCUUCGCACACAACAGUGACAUACGCUCUCUCGGCCUGCACUCUUCGCUUUGUUUACACUCUUUGCUUGGCGUGGGUCCUAAUGGUGUAAAGCAUGCUCUUCAUCCAUGUCUCGAAAGCUCCGGGAGUGUAAAUGAUUGAAUUGCAAUCUGCCUGAAAAGCUGAACUCUGACACAAGAAAGGCGGCAUUGCCGCGGCAAUCGAUCUAGGGAAGCGGCUGUUUGUACUGGUGUUGUGUCCUUUUGCUUACGCAGCUGGUCGAGUGGAGCGUUUUGAUUCGGUAGGCUUGACAGGGAGAGGUCCUGGCCACUAGCAGCUAUUCCCUUGAUGUGAUUAAAUGCGGCCGAUAGAUAUCUCUGCGCCGCGUCACACGUGUUGGCGAACUCAAACAGCUUCGGCAUCUCAUCAAUGAGCUCCUCAAUGUUGCGCACUAAGAGACAUCCAACAAGGGAAUCAAUGCACGCCGUGCGCAGCACUUCGUCGCUCACCACACAUGCGAACGGUCUCCGGACACGGGCCAUAGAGUAUCAUCGCCAGCUUGCCUUCGAUCUUCUUGAUCUCGCCGACUGCACACAACGAAGACACAGGUGCGGAUGGUGUCAAGCAUGGAUUGUCUCUUACGGAUCAUGCACUCGCACAUUUUGAUAUACCCGUCUGAAGGAAAUCAAUAUAUGCAUAAACAAACAAUAAGCGUGGCUGCCUCUCACCAAGGCGCGUAUGCAGCCGCGUGAGCAGCUCAUGAGCUUGAGCAGGGUCAGGGGGGCCUAGCCGGAACUCGUCGUCCCACUGACGCAUCUCGAUGGGCAGAGAGCUUUACACAAGCAAACACACAUACACACACGUUUGUCUGUCAAUUUGUUUGUUUGUGUAUGGAGCCAAUAAGUGAUCCAUGAGGGUGCGCUGCUGGUGGUGUGGCGUCGGCGUGGGUGUGGGCAGAGCCCGGUUCUGCCAGCACUCCCAGAGGCAGACAUGGAUGUACGGCUUCAAACUCUCUUUUCUCUCGCUCACCGUGUGUGUGGUCUUGCUGCUGCUGCAGUGCCUCGGGCGAUGAUAUCUCCAUCCCUUGCGCAGCCAGAUCGUCCUCCUCCGCAGCACGCAAUCAGCAACUCCAAUUGGCGAGUUCCAGUGGCCCAUCGCCCGCUGCUGCUCCCACUUGCUGGAUCUGGCGGCAGCGGUGUUGAACAGCACGAGUGCUCGAACAUCCUCACACAGCGGCCGAACGAACACAGAAAAGAAGGACAU